AUGAAGGGGACGUGUUCUCUGAAGAAAAGAACGCAUACUGGUAUGGCCAGCUCUGCUGUGCAACGUGCUUCCCGGGGCUGUUCUACUAAUGGUACCACGUCAGAUAUUCGUUACGACGCCUCUGUAGAUGUUCACGACACAACGACAGGUGUCCACCCUCCCAUGUUACCUCCUCAACAUGUGGUUCCACAACGAUGUCCUUCCCCGGAUUCACUACUAUCAGACCCUAAUGACAGCGGUAUUCUCGCACCCCCAGAUGCAGACCAUCUAGAUGACGAAGACACCGGGCUGAGCACAGAAACCGUCGCACGGCUCAAAUUCCCACUGCAGUUCACGCUUUCGCUUGAGGGGAUUACCACUGCCGCCGUCAAGCUCUACCUUCCACAUUCAGCUUCAGAUAAGGAUGCCUGGAUACAAGGCAUACAAUCACGCACAUCGUUCAAACCAGCAUGUAAUUUUUAUGAUGGACAGUCGGACUCAUCUGCGGACGUGUACCAAACCCGCCCCGAGUCAUCUACGAAUACACAAGCUCCCACGGCCUGCUACAUCGGCCUUUCCAACGAGCGUGCUCGACGUUCGAGUUCACCCAACACCCAUGGCAUCUACUGCUCCGUCGCCCCUUAG